AUGGUGUGCAUCCCUCGAGGCGGAGGAGCUACUCGCCCUGCAGCCGGAUCUCUCCGCUGCAAGGCUAAGGCUGCACCUUCAGCCUCGGACAAACUUGCACCCGAGCGCACCUUAUUGAGACCGUACACCGGAAUGGUGGCCAUCGAAGGAAGGGAGGUGUUUGGGCCUGACACUCAUGUGUUAGAUCUCGUCCAAGUUGAUGAUGGAACGGAUAAAAUUAAAGGCUGA